AUGUCUGUCUCUAAGGUUCACGCUCGCCAGAUUUUCGAUUCUCGUGGCAACCCCACCGUCGAAGUUGAAGUUACCACCGCCAAGGGUGUUUUCCGUGCCGGUGUCCCCUCCGGUGCCUCCACUGGUGUACAUGAAGCUCUUGAGCUCCGUGACAAGAUCAAGGAAGACUAUGUCGGCAAGGGUGUUUUGAAGGCCGUCGAGAACGUGAACACGAUCAUUUCCCCAGCACUUAUCGAGUCUAAGCUCAACGUCGUCGACCAGAAGGCUGUUGACGAGUUCUUGCUCAAGCUCGAUGGCACUGAGAACAAGUCCAAGUUGGGCGCCAACGCCAUUUUGGGUGUUUCCCUUGCUGUUGCCAAGGCUGGUGCUGGUGAGAAGGGUGUCCCAUUGUACGUCCACUUUGCCGAUAUCGCUGGCUCCAAGAAGCCUUUCGUGCUCCCCGUUCCUGCUUUCAACGUCAUCAAUGGUGGCUCGCACGCUGGUAACAAGCUCGCUAUGCAGGAGUUCAUGAUCAUGCCCACUGGCGCUAGCUCGUUCACUGAGGCCAUGAAGAUCGGCUCCGAAGUCUACCACACUCUCAAGAGCGUCAUCAAAGACAAGUACGGUCAGGACGCCACCAACGUUGGUGAUGAGGGUGGUUUUGCUCCUAACAUCCAGGACAACCAGGAAGGUUUGGAGUUGUUGGUCACUGCUAUUGAAAAGGCUGGCUACACUGGCAAGGUCAAGAUUGCCAUGGACUGUGCCUCGUCUGAAUUCUUCGUUGACGGCUCGUAUGACUUGGACUUCAAGAACCCCAACUCGAACGCUGCUGACUACCUCACUGGCAAGCAGCUUGCUGAUUUGUACAAAUCCUUUGCUGAGAAGUACCCCAUUGUCUCCAUUGAGGAUGCUUUCGAUCAGGAUGACUGGGACAAUUGGAGCCACUUGCUGGCUACCUCUAACUUCCAGCUUGUCGGUGAUGACUUGACUGUCACUAACCCCAAGCGCAUUGCCACUGCUAUCGAGAAGAAGGCCUGCAACGCCCUCCUCCUCAAGGUUAACCAGAUCGGUUCCGUCACCGAGUCGAUCCAGGCUGCUUUGGACUCCCAGGCUGCUGGCUGGGGCGUUAUGGUCUCCCAUCGCUCUGGCGAGACCGAAGAUACUACCAUUGCUGACUUGGUGGUCGGUCUUCGCACUGGCCAGAUCAAGACUGGUGCUCCCUGCCGCUCUGAGCGUUUGGCCAAGCUUAACCAGUUGCUCCGUAUCGAAGAAGAGCUCGGUGACAACGCAAUCUACGCUGGUGAAAACUUCCGCAAGGCUCACGAACUGUAA